CAGUGAUAAUGUGCAACAGCUUUCAAGUGUUGACCUAGUUUGAAGGACGCGGUUAGAUGAUACAGUGUGCAGCAAUCAGUCGAGGAUCGUCACUGUGCAGUAGAUUCUAUACGACACAUAGUGGCCGUGACCCUGUACGGUGUCCAUGGAAAAUGUUACCGGUGAUAAAAAGUGGGUAGAGAUUCAAUCGCUUUAUCUCUUCUUCGGACAAGGGUCCGCAGUUUUGAUAGCACUGCACUGUAUACAGUAGGGUAGAUUGACCUAAUCUUUUCAGGUGAAGGUACUCGCGUAUCUCGCUAGAGACUUGCAGUCCUGGUAGUGGAGACUCUCGAUUGUUUAAUUGGCUGGCGACGAGUGUUGCGAUCAGCUACGUUGUGGACGGACCAUGGCGACUCAACCACGACUAACAUACUUCGACGGACGAGGCUACGGGGAACUCAUCAGGAUGACACUCUGUGCUGCAGGAAUUGAGUUCACAGAGUGUAACAUGGAGUCAAGAGAAGAAUUCCUUCAAAUGAAAGCAGGUGGCAAGAUGCUGUACGGUCAGCUGCCACUGCUAGAGAUAGAUGGACAGAACCUAGUUCAGAGGAGGGCAAUCCUACACUACCUGGCCAUAAGGGAGGGCUUGUAUGGUUCUAACCUCACAGAAAAUGGCUUAGUGGAGAUGUACUUCGAGGGGUCACGGGACUUCAUGAACAGCUUUGACUUCCUGGUGUUUGACGAUGUGGAACCAAUUCUGCAGGAUUAUCGGAAGAAGUUUUUCCCCAGAUAUCUUCCAGUGUUUGAAAAGAUUCUGGAGGCAAGCAGCAGUGGGUACCUGGUGGGUAAAGGCAUGACCCUUGCUGACAUUUCACUUCUCGAACCUCUGCUGACAGCACACGAGCAAUUUGGGGAAGGUGUUCUGGAUGGCUAUCCUAAGUUGAAGGAAUUCUACAAAAUGAUGACAACACUCCCAAACAUCGCUGCUUUUCUUAAGGGACCUCAUCGCAGACAAUCGAACACCCCUGAGCAUGUGAAAGACGUGUGUGAAAUCGUUGCUAUGGAAUUCCAUCGAUAGAUGACAACUGUUGCAUAACUGUUUAUUAAUAAAAAGGAAUGACAUUGAGGUGAUGUUCAGCAACAUGACAAAGAAAAACAUUUUGAUGUUUUUGACUUGUGGAGAUUUUAUGUAGGCUUCCAAUUUUGUCACGAGUUACCUCCCUUCCAUUGGGUAGCCCCGUGUUUGAUGAGCUUCAGGCUGUAUUAUUCUGGGAUUCCAUCACUCCUUGCCAACAUGUCACUUGUGCAAAACAACGAGUGAUAAUGAAAAAAAUACCGUGUUUCACUGAGACAUUUCAAAAGUAGAAAUUUCACAACACAAAACAUAAAUACAAAUUGAUAUUCAUGAAAUGCCAGUAGGUGAUGUAAACAUAUAUGUAAUGUUUGAAACUGGAUGCCUGACUAACAUCGCAUCAAUUUGCUAAGCCGAUGGUAGAGGAAGACAGUGAGGUGGUGCGUCAUUCGGGUGACAGCAAACAGUGGACUAAACUAGAUUUUGCUGCUUGGGAUUUGGAGAGUUGAAUCGACCCCUAGUGAUAUGAAAGUAUGCCUUGCAAACUCGGUGAAGUAUUUUGACAUUCCUUGACCUAGAUAUGGCGACAUGGAUCUUAAUUCAAUAUUUGUUGUUUAAAUGUCGAUAAUAAUU